UAUUUCUCACAGUAUCUGGUGUUCUCAAUCACUCUGUGCUGUGAAGCCGUGACAAUGAAGUUGGUUUGUGGUUGUCUUCUGGCAGUUGCCCUGCUAGGCUGUCUGGCUGAUGCUCAAUAUUUCAAGCAGCCUCAGCAGCCCCAGCAGCCCCAGCCGCCGAAAUACACCCCACCAGCACCUCAGCAGCCUCAGAGGCCACAGACCCCCGAAAGGUACACACCUCAGCAGCCUCAGCAGCCCCAGCAGCCUCAACAGCACAUCAAGCAGCCCAUGCAGCCUACAGAAACAUUUCACACUUGUGAAGUGGCUGAGCAGUACAAGAUACAGUGCGGAGCUCCGGGCAUCACUGCUUCAGAUUGUGAGGCUAUAAACUGUUGCUUUGAUGGACGCAUGUGCUAUUACGGCAAAUCUGUGACUCUUCAGUGCACCAAGGAUGCCCAAAUGAUUGUUGUGGUUGCAAGAGACGCCACCCUACCCAACAUCGACUUGGAGUCAGUCACCUUCCUUGGAAAUGAUCAGAACUGCAGUCCUGUUGGCACCACUUCAGCUUUUGCCAUCUACCAGUUCCCUGUAACUGCCUGCGGCACUGUCAUGAUGGAGGAACCUGGGGUUAUAAUCUAUGAGAACAGGAUGACCUCCUUGUAUGAAGUUGCUAUUGGACCCUAUGGAGCCAUUACCAGGGACAGCCACUAUGAGCUGCUUGUACAGUGUAGAUACAUCGGCACCUCAAUUGAGGCUCUGGUCAUUGAGGUUGGCCUGGUUCCUCCACCACCCCCAGUUGCAGCUCCUGGACCUCUGCGUGUGGAACUGAGGCUGGCCAACGGAGAGUGUCAUUCCAAGGGUUGUGUGGAAGAGGAGGUGGCCUACAGUUCCUUCUACGUGGAUUCCGACUACCCCGUCACAAAGGUGCUUAGGGAUCCUGUGUACGUUGAAAUCCGAAUGCUGGAGAGGACUGAUCCCAACCUUGUCUUGACUCUUGGAAGAUGCUGGACUACUGCUGAUCCCUACCCUCACAGUCUUCCUCAGUGGGACUUGUUGAUUGAUGGCUGCCCAUACCGUGAUGACCGUUACCUGACCACUUUGGUGCCUGUGGGUGCCCAAUCAGGACUUGAGUUCCCAACCCACCACAGGCGUUUUGUUUUCAAGAUGUUCACAUUUGUAGCUACUGGAGGUGGCAAUACCGGCAAGAAGGGGGCUUCAGAUCCAGAGGUUAUGACUCCUCUCAAGGAAAAGGUGUAUAUCCACUGCAACGUAGCUGUAUGCCAACCUUCACUUGGAAAUAAUUGUGAACCAAGGUGCUUCAGAAAGAGUAAGUAG